AUGGCACCUACCGCUGGCAAGACGAUCACAUGCAAGGCCGCUGUUGCCUGGGAGGCAGGCAAGCCACUCUCCCUCGAAGAUGUAGAGGUGGCACCGCCCAAGGCCGGCGAGGUACGAGUCAAGGUAGAGUACACUGGUUUGUGCCAUACCGACACCUACACCCUCUCUGGUAGCGACCCAGAGGGUGCCUUCCCCUCCAUCUUGGGACACGAAGGUGCCGGUUACGUCGAGUCGGUUGGAGAGGGCGUCACCCACGUAAAGGAGGGCGACUCGGUCAUUCUCCUCUACACUGCCGAGUGCAAAGAGUGCAAAUUCUGCAAGUCGGGCAAGACGAACCUCUGCCAACGUGUACGGGCCACUCAGGGCCAGGGAGUCAUGCCUGACGGCACAAAGCGCUUCACUUGCAAGGGCAAAGAGCUCAACCAUUUCAUGGGCACCUCUUGCUUCUCGCAGUACACCGUCGUUUCUCAAUUCUCACUCGUAGCCGUCAACCAAGAGGCAAAGCAGGACAGGACCUGCUUGCUUGGCUGUGGUGUCACUACGGGCUACGGUGCAGCGACGCACACUGCCAACGUAGAGGAGGGAAGCACCGUCGCUGUUUUCGGUAUCGGCUGUGUGGGUCUUGCCGUCAUCGAUGGAGCGGUAGCCAACAAGGCUGGCCGCAUUAUUGCCAUCGAUGUCAACCCGGAGAAGAAGGCGUGGGCCGAGAAGUUUGGCGCAACCGACUUCGUUCAGGCGGACAAGGUUGACGACAUUGUCAAGCACCUCGUAGAGAUGACCGACGGUGGACUCGACUACACCUUCGACUGCACAGGUAAUGUCAAGGUCAUGCGCUCAGCUCUCGAGGCGUGCCACAAGGGCUGGGGUGUCUCGACCGUCAUUGGUGUCGCGGCUGCAGGCCAGGAGAUUGCUACGCGCCCCUUCCAGCUCGUCACCGGUCGUAAGUGGCAGGGAUCGGCAUUCGGUGGUGUCAAGGGACGUACGGAGCUGCCCGGCUUGGUGGAGAAGUACCUCAAGGGCCAAUUCAAGGUCGACGAGUACAUCACGCACAGCCAGGACCUCGAGAACAUCAACAAGGGUCUCGAAGAGAUGAAGAAGGGAGGUUGCAUUCGUUGCGUCAUCAAGAUGUGA